UCCAGAUUCAUCUUCAACAACAUGUCUUUCUUCAACAAUUUUGGUCGCGGUUUUGGCCGUUCGUCGCGGAAUAAAAAGCAACAGCAGCAACAGCAGCAACAGCAGCAGCAGCAACAACAGCAGCAGCACCCCUCCUUCCUCCGCACAACCUCGAGUCUGUCUUCAGGCCAGUCAUCGCUCACUGGCUCGAGUUCCGGAAGACCGCCUUCGGGGCCGUCGUAUCAGCAGCAGCAGCAGCAAAUCGCGCAGGUGCCGAAGCCCCUCUUUCUCUCACAGCCGUUUGUCCGCACUGCCCUGGUAAAGGGGAGUUUCAAGACAAUCGUAGUCUUGCCAAAAUAUGUUGAUAUGGGCGAAUGGUUGGCUUUGAAUGCGUUCGAGUUCUUCACAUACCUCAACCUCUUCUACGGCAUCAUCUCUGACUUUUGCACUCCGCAAACAUGUCCAUCAAUGAGUGCCGGGCCUGGAAUCGACUACACCUGGCUCGAUAUGAGUAAAAAGCAGAUCCGGCUACCCGCUUCCACAUACAUCGACUACGUCCUGACCUGGACCUCAAGCAAGCUCAACGACCAGACCCUUUUCCCCACCAAAGCCGGCGUCCCAUUCCCUCUCCAUUUCCCCAUGACUCUUCAGAACAUUUUCAAGCAGAUGUUUCGCAUCUUUGCUCAUAUUUACUACAACCACUUCGAGACAGUAGUCCAUCUCAGUAUGGAGGCACACUGGAACUCCUUUUUUGCUCACUUCAUCAGCUUCUCAAAGGAGUUUGAGCUGCUCGAUGCGCGCGAUACCGAGCCAUUAAGAGAACUUAUCGAGUCGUUUGAGGCGCAGGGAAAAGUGUAAUCUAGUCAUGGAGU